CUAGGAACGAAGCUAUACAAAAUAUCUCCACUCAAGAUUAGAAUCGAAUGAGAGAAGUGCCCCCACUUCAUGGGGGUACAGUUUAAUUAGGUGAAGGUUCUUUGUCGGAAAUGUAAAAUCUGAUUAGCCUGGCUCGUUCUCGUUCACGAACAGACGGGGAUUACCAAAGCCCCUCUUACUAUUGUAAAGCAUACGUCAGCAAAAUAAAAAGACUAUCCACCCAUUUCUACAGCGGAUAAAUACAGCCCAGACAUAGCCUACUACAACACCUCACCCAGGCUACACCAGACGUAUCCUAGUCCUAAAUGUGAAUACCGCAGGUAAUUCCACGUAUUGUUUACGAUUCACCUCCGCUGCAUGUGGAGUGUGAGUGUGGACACCUAGAAAUAUGUUGACUGAGUCACUGCUGCCACGACGCUGACACAUUCCAGGAGAGGAGGACUGUCCGGGCUGCCUCUCUUCUGAUAAGCAUCCUAUGGUAUUCUGUACAAGUCAAGAUGGCGGUGUCGGCAACGGAAAGGGACGCAAUAAAUACUGAAGAUGACCAUCACAACGAUUCGUUCGGGAACCCCGGGCUUAUCUCGCCGGAUAGGGAGGACAUUACACGGCUUCUGAAGGUGCCAUUCACCGGCCGCAUCAGAGGUGGUAUGAGGCCCGGGAAAAAAGUCAUUGUCAUGGGCAUUGUUGAUCUGGAGCCAGACAGCUUUGACGUCAGCCUGACUUGCGGCCGCGGCACAGAGAAGGAGGAGCCACAGCCGGAUGUGGCCCUGAAACUCAGCGCUCGAUUCGCUGAGCGCCAGUUUCUGCGUAACUCCUGCGUCUCGGGAAAAUGGAGCGAGGAGGAGAAGUCUAUCGACUACUUCCCCUUCAUCCCUGACCAGCCCUUCAGGAUGGAGAUCCACUGCGAACACACGCGCUUCCGGAUAUUUGUGGAUGGAAAUCCGCUCUUUGACUUUUUUCACAAAGUUAAAUCUUUGCCGUCCAUCGAUACAGUGAGGAUAGAAGGGGGUCUACAGAUCACCAAGCUAGGUUAACCAACCCAGCUGCUAUGCCAGUGUGUGACAUAACAAGAACUCAAUACAGGUGAACACACACACCUGUUACUACAAUACCCACAAUGCAACACUGCAGCAACAGUGGGCCUAGCGCUUUGGAAAGGCCUCGCCCAUCCUGGUUUGGUUCUGCCGUCACUCCUCUUCUUCUUUCCCCUUUAUCUUGUCAGGUCUCAACCAAGAUCUGACGUUAUUGUGACCUUCCUAAUUGUUGGUUGAAUGGUUGCAAUGCAACGCAGCUCUGUGUGUCUUUGUUCCUGAAAGAAUUCCUUUGUUUUCUUCCUCAGUUCUGUGUGUGUCAGGGAUCUCACAAUAUAAACGCCUGCUCAUGGUUACCAAGCAUCCUAUGGGGAUUUUGCUGAGAGAGGGGGCCCUAUUCCAAAUGUAAUAGGGCACUAUUGGGCACUAGAGUGCUAUUUGGGACACAGCCGUAGAGCACUCAAAAGUAUUUGCUUUCAUGUGGAGAAAUCCUACAAUUCUCAGGAGGUUUCUCAGGAAUCAACACUAUUUAUCACGUAUAACAUCAUCACUGUAAAUGAGGGUUAUCUCGUGGGGUUGACAAGCUCAGUAUUAUGGGAGCUUCCAUUUUUUUCCCUCCCUCCCUGUUCUUCAAUUGGGUUUUAUUGGUUGGUUGGUUGUCAUGGUUAUUGGCAUCCUAACUCAAUGACCUACAUACAGAGGUUGCAUUCUAAAUUGCAUUCUAUUCCCUAUAUAGUGCACUACUUUGAUCAGGGCCUUAUAUUGGGCUCUGGCCAAAACUAUUGCACUACGUAGGGAAUAGGGUGCCAUUUGGAAAGGGAAAUGAGGAUUAUAUUGUGGAGUCUCGGCAAGAUGUACCGUAGCAGCCUUUUGAUUGAAAUGUCUUGUAACUGUAUGCAAUGUAUUAAUAAUGGUGGUUCUCACUCACAGUUUCAGUUCAUUGCAACCAUUCUCCUCCUGUAGAUAUAGAUAUUGCACUGACAUAGAGCUAUGUGGUAGUGAAUAGAAUGUAUCGUUCAUUUGGAGCUUCGUUUACAUUGCAUAUUUAACAGUGAUGAAUGAUUGGUUCGUUUAAAGGGGUAGUUCACCACAAAGUCCAAGUUUAUCCGAUGUGUUUUAUACCUCAACUGUUCUGUGUGGAGCUAAUAAACUGGAAUUAGAGGUGCCAAUCUUUCAGAUUCCUUUGGGUUCUAGAUGAGAACUGUAGGUUUCUCCAAUGGCUCACAGCAGAGUCUAGACAACACAACACGUGGUGUGGAAUAUGGACUCAGGUGGUGUUUCUAGGCUUGAAAAAUUUGCUAGGAUGUUUAUCUUGGAGUGAACUAUCCUUUUAAGGAGUUUGCUUAACUGGACUCUGACUUGUAAAUGAAGAAAAACCCCAUAGUGAAAACACACCCAGCGAUGGCCAGCCUAAACAACCAUUCAGUCAAACCUCGCUAUCACAGACCAGAUUAUUACUGUAUAUGCAAAUGGUGGAUUCUCUUCCACACUUAAACCAGGGUCGUAUUCUUUAGGGAACACCGAAGUGAAAUGUUUUGCCCAAAAUAAAAAACAGUUGACCCGAAACUGUAACCGGUACCCUAACCCUAACCCUUUACAGACGGUUCCGUUAGCUAGCGGUUAGCGGUUAUCGAUUAGCGGUUGAUUGUUGUGAAGAAUAGGAAGGCUGAAUGGUGUUAUGAAUGUACAGCAGCCAUGUUUUUCUAUGGUAGCAUACCAGCUGGGCACAGACGUCAGUUCAACAUCUAGUUUUGAUUUAAAUUUGGUUGAGUUGGCAAUUAACGUGAAUUCAACGUGAAAUCAACAAAGAAUUCCACCAUGUCAUUGGAUUUAGGUUAAACGUUGGGUGAAAAUAAAUAUCCUUUUGUUGA